AUGUCCUCCCAAUUUCUGCAGACCGAACUUGCCAACCUCAUUCAAGAAUCCAGGCGGAAAAAUGCCGACUUGCGCAAUGCAGCAGAGCAAUCACUCAAUGAGCUGAAGGCGUUACCAUCAACUUCUGAAGCGCAAAUAUCAGCAGAUCUGGUCCGCAAACCCACAUUCGUGGAACCAUUCAUUAUCGCAUGCCAUACUCGACAUGCGAAACUUGCGGGUAUCGGUGUAAUUUGCCUUCAAAGGCUGAUCGCUUCCAAAUCGUUGCCAUCUCAUCGCCUGAAGGACGUUCUUGCUGGCCUGAAAGAGACCACCAGCCUGAGUCUCGAUAUCCAGCUCAAGAUCUUACAAUCUCUACCGUCGCUUUUGCAAUACUAUUCGAAUGAUCUUAGCGGAGAAUUACUUGCAAGCACGUUGGAAAUAUGUGCGACUUUGCAAGCAAGCAAGACGAUUGCAGUCAGUAGCACAGCGGCUGCUACCCUCCAGCAACUCGUUGUUUCUACAUUUGAACGAGUGUCGAGCGAAGACAGGCUUCCCGACGAUGCCAAAACAACAACACAUGUGAGCGUAGAUGGCCAGUCUGUGGAUGUGGCACAAUUUGCAUAUGAUGCUUUACUGGUUCUGGAUGAUCUCUGCCGGAUUAUUGAUGGUGAACAGUUGCAAUUUCUACGCACCAAGACAUUGUCUUCGGCAUUUGUCCUGGAACUAAUAGAAAGUAUCAUAUUGAACAGCGGUCGGCUGUUUGUGAGCCACCCUGAGUUGUCACAGGUUCUUCGAGUGCGCCUCAUGCCAUUGACUGUACGAUAUUUGUCUGAGCGUCAUUCGUUUUCAGAAACCGUUCGAGUGGCUAGAAUUCUUCUUGUUCUUCUGAAACGCCACAUGUCUCUCUUACCCGCCGAGUGUGAAAUGGCAUUUGGUCUUCUCACUCACUUGUUGGAACCGGACGGAACAGCGCCCUGGAAGCGAGUGCUAUGCAUGGAAGUGUUUCGAGGACUUUACUCCGAGCCUGGAGUUGUCCGGCAGAUAUACUCCCUCUACGAUGGAGAAGAGGGCAGGAAGAAUGUCCUGAGGGACCAUAUGGCUUCUCUUGUAAAGCUCGCUUCGGAAAAACCUACAUUGAUUGGAGUCAGCAGUCAGUCAACAAUACCGCUCCGAGCAGAUCACUCACGGUCUGCUACGGAUGAUCAAAUCGCACUUGAGACUGGUGGCGUUACAGGUGUCAUUGGAUCAUCGGUUCCUCAAACUGAGAUCAAGGUACCAGGUAUCAGCACUCAGUGGAGUCUUGUUAGAACGCCCUACAUUGAGCAUCUCGACAAGUCAGAUCCGCCAUUUCCUCCAGAAACAUACAUUUACAGCCUUGUCCUCAAUUGCAUUAGCAGCUUCGCCGAAGGACUCGCGAAAUUCAUUCUACCGCUCACAGUUCCAGACUUGAAACAGAAGCGCAAAAAUCGAUUGGCAAACCAAGAACAAGGUCCCGACUCUGCUAGAUCCUCGCAGGACCUUCAAGCUCAUGAAUCGGGAAGGAUCCAGCCCUCGUCCCCUUUGAAAAAAUCCACAGCUCCCAUCAAUCCUUUGGAUCUGCAGUCCCACGUUCAGUACUCUGCAAUCCGGACGUGCGCCGACAUUGUUGAGAAUUGCUGGCCUGCGGUUCUUGCGACAUGCUCAACCUUUCUUCGAGCAUCUUUGGAUGAUGAGUUCUAUCACAACCUUGUACGGGCAUUCCAAAAACUGGCCCACGUGGCAGGUCUUUUGCGGUUGUCCGUCCCCCGCGAUGCAUUCCUUACGACACUAGGGAAAGCGGCCAUGCCUGCAAGCACAGGCGGAUCGAAAGCGCAAACCCUUGUCAAUCCUAGUGCAAGUACCUCUCAAAUCCCUGACACGCCUAGGAAUAAACGCAAAAGUUCGGAUGUACCUCGAAUCAAUCCUGUGCCCCCCGACCCCUCCGCCAGCGCAGCAGCGCAGAGUCUCCCGGUAGCUUUAAGCACAAGAAAUCUUCUAUGCCUACGAGCUCUGUUAAACCUUGGAAUUGCACUGGGUCCAACAUUAGAUCAGCAGGCCUGGUCUAUUCUUCUUGAAACACUGCAAUAUACUGGCUUGGUGAUUGGUGCAUCUAGUACAAUGGUCAAAUCGACGACUAGCGGAGAAACAACCGUCGUCUCUGGCAAUGAUGUUCCAACUGCAAAUCUCGGAACCGAAGUAAUUGCAGUGCAAGCAGCCUCAGCUAAGCUGUUUGAAAGCACCGGCGAUUACCCUAGUGCUUCAUUCCGAGAGAUCUUACUCGCAUUGCUCAAUCUCUCCACAUUCACCGAGCAAGAAUCCCUGAAAGAAUCUGCACAGGAAGUGUCGGAAACACCUAACUCGCCACAGUCGUCACGACGCCCUGGGGCCCUUAAUCAAAAUGCCCGACGAGUGUCACACACUGUGGGCAAGUCGAGGAUGCAAGACGAGGAGCUGAAGUUUGUGCUGGAAAAGGGAAAUGAUCUGGCUAGAUCGAACCUUGAGAGGCUUUCUUCACUUGAUGAAGAAGACAAUAUCGCGUGGCAGCUUCUGACCCAAAGUCUUAUUUCUACGUCUACAAAUGUCGCCGUCAACCCUAGCCUUCGUCUACAGGCUAGUGGGAUAUUGAACACGUUGGUCUUCUUGACAAUGAAACCGGGGGACGUCGACGAUGAGAAGGCACGAAACGAGGUACAGACCCGAAACCUUCAAACUCUUAAAGACCAAGUCGCCUCGCUAUAUUCGUCGGACGCAGCAUCAUCAAAGUCACUUCCGAUCACUGUGACAGAGAUUCACGAGCAAUGCUUGGAAAUCCUGCAAAAUAUACUCGAACAAUAUGCAGAGACAUUCGUGGAUGGUUGGAGUCUCAUCUUUGACUUGAUAACCGGCGUUUUCCAAGGGAUAGCAAAGGUUGAGAGUGGAGAUAAACUAAUCACCCCAACCGAGCGUAGGGCAUCAGGCCUUCCUGCUGGACCUCGCUUGGUUCGUGCCGCCUACAAGUCUUUGCACCUUGUGGCUUCGGACUUCCUCUCUCUUCUACCUGCUACAUGUCUGUUAAGUCUCGUCAAUUCCUUGUCCAGCUUCGCCUCUCAAACACAAGACUUCAAUAUCUCCCUCACAACAACCUCGUUUUUCUGGAAUGUGUCCGACUUUCUCCAAGGGCAGAUUGAGAAAUUUUGCAUCGAAAGCCAUGUUGACGCUUCUGUUAGCGAAGAGGAGUUAGGCAAGCUUACUUGUGACAGUGACCCCUCUGUUUCAAGGAACUCGCUUUGGCUUUUGCUACUGCUCCGAAUCGUUGACAUCACAACAGAUCCGAGAUCCGAGAUUCGAAACAGCGCUAUACAUACUCUACUCAGAAUCUUUGACGCAUAUGGACAACAGCUUUCCCCGAAGGCAUGGCGCCUAUGCCUGAACAGGGUUCUUUUCCUGAUGGUGGAGGGUAUCGAAACCAAACUACUUCAGCCCAAAUCAAAGCAGGGCGGCGAUACAGACGACCUCAGCUCCAAGGUCGCGACAACAGUUGUUAUGAUCAAUGGCGUCUCGAAUUUGAUUACAAGCUUUUUCAAUACCAUCGUCAGUGAUGAGGAGUUUGACCAGUCUUGGAAGCGACUAUUGAAAUACCUACAAGCUCUGAUUGAUAUGCGCAUUCUGGAAUUCAGCGAUGCCACUUUUGUCAGCCUCUCAUCUAUUCUCGUUCGCGUACAACCCUCGACUGGUAUCAGCAAGGAAGCACUUCGGUGUGCAUGGGACCUUUGGGCCAAUGGCCACCCUGCUGCAGACGAAGCCGCCCUUGACCUCGAUAAGCCCAAUCAAGACGCAGCGCUGGCCUACAUUCAAUCCUUUCAGCAGAUCUACCGACUGUACAAAGACAGCCUAACCACAGAACAAAUCGAAAAGGUUCUCCAGCAUUUGCGUCUGCUGGUAUGGAACUCUGUAUCCCCGCCUUACUCCCCGGAUCUCGAUCGUUCUUCUGCCGUCCAGGACUUGGUCAUCAAUUGCCUCAAAAAACUUUGCUCAGAGAAGGAAGAGUCGCAAGCAGCUAUCUUGCUGAGUCUUGCCGACCUGUCUGACUCAGUAUUGACAAAGUGGUCUCUUGGCGAUGAUUCACGAAAGCCGACGUUCGUGGCUUUCUCGAAAAGUAUCAUCGAUCUGGUUGGUUGGUAUAUCGCAGAUUUCGGUAUCAAGCAGGAUAUCUUCACAAACGGAGCCUUGGCAACAUCACUUGAGCAUCUCGGUGCGUUGAUCACGCAGAAAUAUAGAUGGCAGGGCAAGGAUCGUGAGCCUUUCCUCUGGCAGAAAGCUGUUACGACCACAUUGAACGUCCUCGAAGCCGCUGUCCCGUAUAUGGAAAAGCAUUAUCCCGGAGCAAAUGAAAAGAACGUCGCCCAUUUCUGGCAAUGCGUUGUCGACAUUACCCAUGGCAUUGUCUCUGCUCGCGGUUUCCAGACUCAACAGUUAGCAAAUGCACGUAUACUAUCCGAUGAGGCUUUCGACAUCGCAGCAUUCACCCGUCUGAAGACGUUGGUACUUCCGUCACUAGGAGCAUCUGUCAUCCCAGAGGCCGUCCGUCGCGACUUCGCCUGCGCCCUCUUCCACUCCUCAUUCAUAUACCCACCGCAACGUUUCGAUCUUCCCAGUUGUCCCAUCGAGCAAGAACCUCUCAAGGAAUUCUAUAAGAUUCGCGACGGUCGCACGUUUGACCCGCCCCCAACGCUGCGUCCAAGGAUAGCAUAUGUCCUCAUGGAUACAUUCUUUGAGCUUGCGACGAGCGCCGCUUCUAAGGACGCCUCUGCUGCACCCAGCCCGCAAACUUUGCUAGCACGAUCCAUCUCGCCCUAUCUUCUUCUUCGAUGCGCCAUCGCGAUAAAAUGCUAUAUCGCCGAUCAACCUCUCCGCGGCUUAAUGCCACAACCGACCCCGGCACGCAGGGAAUUGCUUCAUUUACUAGUCCACGCGGUCCAGCUUCGGAGCGAGCCCUCGGCCAUUCCAGACCCCCCCGUCCAUCAAGACGGUUACAGUGACGGCGGGAAAGAAUGGCGAUUCAUCCCUUCAUCAUCGCAAGCAUCUUGA